UGUCGGUGACUUGGACGUUUUGGCGGGAGAGAGACUGUCCCGUCACAGCUGCUGAAAAGCUUAUUUAGUUUGAAUGUCACUCGACAUUUGCCUUCCAACAACAUUCAUGUCUGUGUACACACAAGAAUUACGUUCAUGACAAUCGUAUAUAGACGUCAGUGACCUUGUAAUUGGUGAUGUGACGGCGAACGCACAGGUCAAAAAUGCGCUGAGCCAGAACGCCAACACGAACCUUCAGUAUUUGUCCACUGACCAAUUCUGGUGAUUAGAAAUUCUGGACAAAUUUUUAUUGCAUAAUGGAAUAACCUGUUGACGCAGUGUUCACGGGUUUCGAAUAAUAAAGAAAAUAUAAACACCCUCUUGUGAAGGAAAUAGUGUGAAAGUAAGUGAUGGCAGAAGGAAAUGGAGGAGGUGACCCGGGGUCACAGAUAGAUGGUGAGAGAACUGAAGAUUAUCAGAAACUAAUCCAGUAUGGGUUGAAUGAGAAAGUUGCAGCAAAACUAGAUGAAAUCUACAAACAAGGAAAACUCAGGCAUGAGGAUUUGGAUGAGCGAGCCUUGGAUGCCUUGAAGGAAUUCCCAGUAGAAGGAGCUGUAACAGUCCUUAAGCAGUUCCUAGAAUCAAAUCUGGAGCAUGUCUCAAACAAAUCGGCGUACCUUUGUGGAGUUAUGAAAACAUAUCGACAAAGGAAACAGUAUAAUACAGCAGACAGUGUGGCUGUUAAUCCAGGUAAAGGCCCAGAUGAAGAUAACUUGAAAGCAAUUUUGGAGCGAUCAGGUUACACAUUAGAUGUAACCACUGGGCAAAGAAAGUACGGUGGCCCUCCCCCAGACUGGGAAGGGCCACCACCGGGACCAGGUUGUGAGGUCUUUUGUGGUAAGAUUCCAAAGGAACUCUAUGAAGACGAAUUAAUCCCUCUUUUUGAAAAAUGUGGCGAGAUCUGGGAUCUUCGGCUCAUGAUGGAUCCUAUGACUGGCCAAAACAGAGGCUAUGCCUUCAUAACUUUCACGACGCGGUCAGCUGCUAAUGAGGCGGUGAAGCAGCUUGAUAAUUACAAAGUCAGGGAAAAUGCUGCCCUGAAAGUUAAUAUAUCUAUCCCUAAUCUCCGGCUGUUUGUGGGGAACAUCCCAAAAUCAAAGAGUAAAGAAGAAAUAAUGGAAGAAUUUUCAAAACGCACAGCUGGUUUGGUAGAAGUUAUUAUUUACAGUUCUCCAGAUGAUAAGAAGAAAAACAGAGGUUUCUGUUUCCUUGAAUAUGAGUCUCACAAGGCUGCUUCAUUAGCCAAAAGGAGGCUGAGUUCUGGACGCUUUAAAGUUUGGGGAUGUGAAAUCAUUGUUGAUUGGGCAGAUCCUCAAGAAGAGCCUGAUGAAGAUACCAUGUCCAAGGUUAAAGUGUUGUAUGUCAGAAACUUGACCCAAAUGACUACAGAAGAAAUGUUGAAAGAAAGAUUUGAAGAGUUUGGAAAAGUGGAAAGAGUGAAAAAAAUAAAAGAUUAUGCAUUUGUACAUUUUGAAGAACGAGAUGAAGCUGUAAAGGCAAUGGAUGCAUUACAAGGAAAGGACCUAGGUGGUGCUAGCAUGGAAAUAAGCCUUGCAAAACCACCAUCAGAUAAAAAGAAAAAAGAAGAGGUGUUACGCAACAGAGAAAAGAGGCUAAUGCAGAUGUUGGCACAGAGAGGGAUUGCAGAGACAGAUCAACACACUGGAAUAAGGAUGCCUGUACCCCCAGCCAUGCUGCGUGGUGGGCGGGGCGGGGGUCGAGGGGGCGGCCGCAGUGAUUAUGAUUAUGAUUACGACUAUUAUGGUUAUGGCGAUUAUCAAGGUGGCUACAGUGACCCGUAUUACGACGACUAUUAUCGAUAUGAAGAAUACUAUUAUGAUUACUCCCCUCAUCCUAUGGGGCGUGGUCGCACCAAAUCAGUACCGGCUGGCCGUGGGUAUGGUAUGGCGAGCCGUGGCCGCGGCGCUGGCCCCUCCCCCCGUGGGGGCCGGGGUAUGGUGCCCCGAGGGGGGGCCAUGGGGGGGCGUAUGACUCGGCCGCCGCGCGCGGGGCAGGGGUUCAGAGGGUCCGCCAGGGGGGCAAAUCUAGCAGGUAAAAGAAAGUUGGAUGGCGGGCACCAGAACGAGGGGGACUCAAAGAGACGGUUCCAGAACACCGGUGCUAGCUGGGGGAACCAGCCUAUCCCACAGCAGCCGCUGAACUCAUACAGUGGGGCCAACGGCAGCAAGUACGGCGGGGCAGGCGGGGACCAGCAAUGGUACCACGACAGCUAUCCACAGUCGUGGAGCUGAGGUGUAAGCGGGUGGGCCGCCAGCACCAGGUGUAGAGGGUGGGGCGAGGGAAAGGAGGGGCACUACUCCAUCAAAUACACCGUGUUGGUCUGUCUAGAGAUGCCUUAAUUACUUGAGGUGUAAAUGGACAUUCCUGCCAAAGUAUGUUUGGGAGAAGUAUCGGUGCUUCCACCAGAUACAGGGCCUAUGGAUGAUGGCCGCCCCACCAGUGCUGCGUCAGUGGGGAUUGGAGAGGGCCUUCUUCCGAUUCUCAGUCAAGCACUGCCUUGGCCGGGGGGGAGGGGCCGCAUUCCACCCCACCAGUGAGACGAAUGUACCUGAAAACAUCUCCACCAUACCCAAACCCACCAGGUCAGUUGGGUAAUAAAACAUAACUAAAUCUUAGUAGAAGGAAGUCUCACAAGAGUGCUGCUCAAAAUUUAAAAUCACAAUCCCUUGGAGCCAAAAAGCAAAAAAUGAGAAGCAAAAGAAAACUAAAUUAGACAUUCUCUUAAUCCAAGUGGUUAUCCUAAUGAGCAGGCUGUUUAUUCCCGCUUACUUUUAUGUUAAUGCAAUCUUCUUGUCUUUCAAUAAAAUCUUAAAAGAAUAGUUCCCGUAAUAAACCUGCAAAAAAUGUCCAGCAGUUUGCCCCCCUAGUUCUGGAGACUAAUCAAUUCAGUGGAAAUGGUUAGUAGAAAAUAACUGCCCAAAUUCCUGUAUUAGAUAUUGUCAUCAUCAGAGCUACAACUGCAGUACCAUUUCCUAAUAUUCAAGUGUGUCCAUUAACAAGAUUUUGCCUUCCUGUUUCUUCAUCAAUAUAUAUUGUAAUUCAUAAGGGGAAAUUGCCAAUGGAAUUUUCUUAUUUUAUGGAUCAUUUCUGAUUUAUGUUAUUUAUGUUCUUCAUGGAAAGCUAUUUUGAAAGACCAAAAAAAAUUAAAAAGCAAAAAAUAUAAAAGGAAAAAUAAAAAAAAAAGUUGUAGCAACAUCAGAACCUUCCAUCCAGUUUGCCCCAACAUUUUAAUUAUAUAUACAUAUAUUUUUUCUCCCUCAAAACUUAAAAGGCGGUCCUGCAUGCACAUUUCAGUGACCACAAUAUUUUCUUUUGGUACUGUAUCCCUAAAUGCUGUGUCCACUGAAUAACUCUUGAACCUUUUUGCUACUUGAUUUGUAGUUCUUAGUUGGUAUUAGCAGAUGCUCAGUGCAAGAUUGAAUUUUAAUUAAAUCAAUGCUCGUAAAGAUAUAAUAUUGGAAUGUUGUCAGAAACCAAUUCAAUGGAACCUGGUAACUUUUAAGAAUAACCCAUAUAGAUGAUAUUUGAAUUUGAAGCAUGAUUAUUUCUUAUGGAUUUUCUUAUGUGCUAAUUAGAAACAUCCAUAUUCGAUGAUUGUAGACUGAUUGAAGUGAUUGUUGUAGUAUGAUUGGUCAUAUUAAUUUUUUUCUCAUUAUGAUUAUUUUCUCUUUUGUUUGAAACUUGUACAUAACUGUAUUCUGGAAUGCAGAUUGUUAACUCAUUAGAUUCACGUUGAAGGCGACCAGUGUAUGAGAGACACACUGCCAGUCACAGGGAAAGAUUUGGUGUGUUUGGAUGACAAGAAGUUAUCUGUGGUGGAGAUUGGACCAACUGGCUGUGACUAAUUUGAGAAGACUAUGAGAUGUAGAGUAUAUUGUACGUGUUAUCUAGGGACUCUCAACGUGGAAGGGGGUCUGGAAGACGAGGAUGUCUCUCCCUGGCAUUGUCGUUGCUCCAGACUCCCAAGUCCUAAAGGACAGAUUGUGGUUCCUGAUGACAAUUUGUUGUAUUCAUAGGUUAAGAAUUUCUUGUGAUAAGUAAACCAGAACUAGUUGAUAGAUGCUCUUUUUUUCUGAAGUAUCAUGAACAUGAUAAUCCGACUGCACUUUCAAUUGAAAUAGUGCAUAACUGUGUUAUUUUAUGGGCUUCAGUUUAAGCUGUAUAAUAUUUUAAAUGUUACCUUACUGUUUUUAAAUUUAUUUUAAGUUUAUGUAGAUCAAAAGAGAUGUAUUUCAUGAAUUUUUAUCUUUCAUAUUCAAAUGAUUGGGUUUACUAUAUAAAGAGCUAAGGCUGAUUAAAUUCAUGUACUGUAAUGCUAUGGCCAAGUCAACAAUUUGAAGGUACUUAUGGCUGUAGUAAAAUUGAAAGGAACCCUCCUCAGUUUCUAGAAUAGUGCUUGCCAUUGAUAUAUAAAUAAAUAAAUAUAUAAAUAAAUAUAUAUAUGAAAAUAAUGCAUAUAUACUCCCAAAACUUGAGGAGUAUAUUUGUAUUGUAAAUAAAAAUACGUAUAUAUUUACUGAGAAUAAAUACUUCCAGAGAUCUGGUCUCCAUAUUUGUCUGACUGAAAUCUUACUCUUUUUAGCCUAUAAUUUUUAGCUAAUGACAGAUGUGCAUAGGGAUUCUGCCACUUGUAUAUCAGCUACCAUGAUCAUAAUUGUCUCUAAUGGAAACCUUUGAAGUCAUGUCUUUUCGAGUAAUACUGAGUAAACGAGAAGUGAAAAGGAUUUUAAAGAAAUUAAUUGUCCAUAACUGCAUUAUCGGGAUAUUCAGCUGAAAGUUUCAUGAUGAUUACGUUACAGAGAGACCAGUUAAUGAGUUUAAAACAUAAUUGUUAACCAAAGGCUGUAUUUUUUGAUAUUGCAAUGAAGUCUGUUUGUGGAAUUAUGGCUAUUCCUUCUUAAAAGUAAUUGAGGUUUAAAUUAUGUAUGACAAUAUGUAAUAUUGUUAAUAGCUUUAAUAGUAGCUGUAUACAAGCUUAGCCUUGAUAGUAUCUGGUAGAUUCCUUGGUUAACAUGAUUUAAAUGAAUUUUAUUUUUUAUUGAAAUUUUAAUUCAGAUGUUUUUAAAAUGUUAAAUUUUAUUUUGCUGUUCUAUGUAUUGUUGACACAUCUGCCAUGAAGCUGAGGUAUUCAAAAUCUCAGUAAUGCAUGUUAAUGAUGGUAUUUACUAUAAAGUAAGUCUUGAGAUAUGUUGGUGACCAUAAGUCAUUAACAGUACAUUCAUUGCAUUACCAUGUGAUAUAUGCAACUUUAUUGUAAAUUGAAAAUUGUGCUAUAAUGAAUCAUGAUUUCCCCCUUGGUUUGCCACUUCUGUAAGGCAAAUCUUAGAGUAAAGGUUACUUUGGUAGACCAUUUCCUUUAUUUUUUGACAUAACCGUCGAUUACACAACGUCCACAAACUGAAGUGAAAGUUUUAGAAAAAAGAAAAUGGUGGUGUAUGCUUGUAUUUGUUCAUGUGUAAGGUUAGAAUGUUCAAGAGGUGGUUGCCUUAGCUAAGAGGACUGAUGGGAGGUUGUACAACAAAAGCUGGAUGGAUCUUUAGUCCAAGGCUCGACUGCUGUACCCAGUGUUUGAAUGGAAGUAAAGAGAUUUCCAUUGGU